UUCGUGUCUAACACAUCAAAGAGGGUGCAGUAGCAGCUCUGAGUGGAGGCUUUUUGUCGCUUAGGUCAGAUUAAAAAUAGUGUUUUGAGGCGAUUUAUUGUGUGUUUUUUCGCAGGAUUCAUACGGAGCUGUGCAUAAGUGUAUUUGUUAUCAUUUUGUGCAGUUUGGUGGUCCGCGAAAGUGCUCACAGAUUGGACAAAUUGUUUUGUGUCAACCUGCAAAGACAUUUGCCUUUUUAAUAUCGUCUUUCUCUUUGAAGUAACGAGUGUGAGCAAGAACGUUGUUAAAGGGUUAGUGCGAGAGCAAGACCAAACGAAAAGAAAGUUAAUCAUCGUCAUUGUCAUUAACUGCAUAGUCAUUGACAAGAUUGACAAACACAAACCUGCUUAUUGCUUACCACUGAAAAAAGCUACGUUAGAAACCUUUGCGCUGCUGAAGUUGGUUGGCUGCUGAACAUCUCAAGUACGAAAUGACCUACCGAGAGGCUUCUCACGCCGGAAGCUGGUAUACAGACUCAGGUUCCGAUUUAAAUCGACAACUCUCUAAAUGGUUGGACGACGCUGAUUUGACCUUUGGGCCGGCCCGUGCAAUUAUUGCUCCCCACGCUGGUUAUCGUUACUGUGGGGCAUGUGGAGCAUGGGCUUACCGGCAGAUCAGUCCGGCGGUUGUUAAACGAGUUUUUAUUUUGGGACCGUCACAUCACGUGCGCUUGUCGCGCUGCGCUUUAUCAGCUGCCCAGUAUUGCCGUACUCCGCUAUAUGAUCUCAAGGUAGAUCAACAGGUUAACGCCGAACUGGAGGCGACUGGCCACUUCAAGUGGAUGGACCAAAAGACGGACGAAGAUGAGCAUAGCAUUGAGAUGCAUCUUCCGUAUGUGGCCAAAGUGAUGGAAGACUUCCGAGACCAGUUCACAGUAGUGCCAAUCAUGGUCGGCUCGAUCAGCAACGAGUGGGAAGAAACAUACGGAAAAUUGCUAGCCCCAUAUCUGGCUGAUCCGCAGAAUCUCUUUGUCAUAUCGUCCGAUUUUUGCCAUUGGGGUGCCCGCUUCAGGUAUACCUACUACGAGGAAUCACAUGGUCCGAUUUACAAGUGGAUCGAAACGCUAGACAAGAUGGGCAUGGAUCUGAUCGAAACGCUCAAGCCGGAAAGCUUCGGCGAAUAUCUGCGAAAGUACAACAAUACCAUAUGCGGACGCCAUCCGAUCGGCGUGUUGCUGCAGUCGGUAGAAGAACUGAAGCGACGUGGUUAUCGAAUGAGCUUAAAGUUUCUCAAGUACGACCAAAGCAAUCAGUGCUGUGAUAAAAAAGACUCCAGCGUUAGUUAUGCCUCAGGUUCGCUGAUUUUUGAGUAAGCGAAGCCGUAUGUCCUGUGCAAAAUAUUAUUUAGUGGUAUAAUACUAUGUAGGCACCUAAGAUAUGAAGGUAGCGAUUGUAAAAAAAAAACGAGUGAGAACAAAUCGAUUCGACGGGGCACAGGCGAACAACGGACGAAAGAUUGAGCGAUCCGAAAAUAUAUAUAUUUUCAUCAUCCGAAAUAUUGAAUAAUUAUUUAAGUUUUCAAUCUACUAAUUGUGAAUUGAGUGUAUCUUGGAGUUUCUGAGCUAGUAAAAGAAUAGGAAAUAUUAACGAUGGAAAUUCAUAGAUUUUUUGAAUAGGGUGACUAGCUGAUUAGGAGACUAGAACACCCGGCAGUGCAGCAAUGAUGGAGUAAGGAUAAUAAUUAGAAAAACAUCUGAAA